AUGCGGAUACUUUUAUUACUAUUAUCCUUGUUCCAACUAGCGGCUGGCCUUAAUAUUCUCGUAUUUUUGCUCGGAACCAAUCAGUUUGAAAGGAACAUUUUCGAGUUUGUUGCACAACAACUCGCGCUACGUCACCAUAAUGUGAUUUCAAUCAAGCCGGUGCUAAUCCCAGAGGAGCCGCGUCUUGUGAAACCAAAACUGCACCUUGUCCGUGAGAAAGUUAUCAAGAAUGUUCUGAGCAAGUGAGUAGCGAAGCUUGCAGCGCGUACCCACGCAUUGCACUACGUAAUUGCGAUUUCGUCAUACAAAUUCGUCAUUCAUUGCAGGGACUUGUACAAACCGCUCGAGGAUGCAGUGCCGGAUGCUGCGUGGCGGGCAGAUUACGACUAUGACAGCUAUUUAGAGCCCUACUACCGGGCGCAUAAUGCCAGUUGCUACAAAGUGAGAUCAAGAAGACGUGGGAGAUUGAUUUGAUUCGAUAUUUUUAGCUUUUGAAUUCAAACCUUGUUGACUCGCUCAAGAAGGAGUCACUGGAUGUAGCUAUAGUCUACUCGGGUAAUCCAUGCCUCAGCGCUCUGACUCAUCUCGUUGCAGUUCCCACGAUUUACUUUGAUACGGAAGGUAUUGAGAGUUAUGUGGGAAAAGCACAACAUUCCCAGUUUAGGACUCACCGAUGAAACUUUGAUCGCAUCUGGAGCACCAGUGGACGUUCAAAUUCCACCAUCUCACUGUUCGAUCGGAGAAUCAAAGGACUAUCCAAUUGUGAACAUCUACCGGAACUCGUUCUGUUACCUCCAGGAAAUGAUCACUCAACUCGGAGUCCCAUUCCUUUCUUCUGCCAUUUCAAAACGAUAUCGUCUACUUGAUGAGCCAAUCACUUCAAUUUUUGCCAAUGAUUACACGAUCAAAAAAAGGUUUUUAUUCUUAUUAUUUUCAGAAUGUGGAUUCAAAAAAUCAUUCCAUUUUUAGACUGAAGAAUUUCCCGAAUGUGAAUACCUUAAAGCAACAGAGUGUUGCAUUCUUCGUCAACUCGGAUCCGCUUCUGGAGCCUCCACGUGCACUUCCGCCUAAUGUUAUUCACGUCGGCGGGCUUCAUAUUGACCAGCCAAAGCCACUUUUCGCGGUAUGACAAAAAAAUGAAGAAAAACACGCGUGAACUUGUCACUUUCAGCCGUGGAAUACCACGAUUGCGUCAGCCAAAGAAGGACUGAUUAUUGUCUCCUUCGGAACUCAGGCCGACAGCAGCAAGAUGAGUGCAAAAUACGCGAGGGCCAUCCUCAAGGCUUUGACAAACCUGAACGAUUAUCGCAUUUACUGGAGGGUCGGUCCGAACAUGAAACUCGAGGGAAUUGACGUAGAGAAAGUCCCGAAGCAUAUCAAUCUAACGACUUUCAUCCCGCAAAACGACCUCCUGGCCCACAAAGCCUGUAAACUUCUGGUGACGAACGGUGGAAUGUCGUCUGUGAUGGAGGCAGUUGCUCACGGUGUUCCAAUUGUCGGAGUUCCAUUGUAUGGCAGCAACAGGCACAACCUAAGAAAAGUAGCCGACAAGGGUCUUGGAGUGGUUUUGGAAAAAGACGAUCUUAACGAAAUCUCGUUCUACAGUGCUAUGAAGAAAGUUUUGGAUUCUUCAAAGUAAGUUUUCGUUCAGAAAAAAACGUUAAAAAACAAGUUUCUGUUUCAGAUACAAAAAUACUGCGAAGGAAAUGUCAAAAGAGUUCAAAGCAAGACCGACGGGACCUUUUGCCGCCGUUCUUCACACUAUCGACCAUAUUGGUCGUCAUCAUUCUUUUGCCUACAUGCAACCGGCUCAUCAACCAAUCUACAAACGCGUCGACUUCUACCUCGUCCUGUUCAUUGUCCUUUUCCCGGUUCUGAUCCUACAGAAGUUGUUCGGAUUUUUCAUCCGAACUUCUGCAAAGAACGUGAAACUUGCUGAUGUGGCUGUGAAAGUUGCUGAAGUUGCGGCAGAGUCCAAGAAGAAUCGCUAA